AUGGAUCCGUUACCUCGGGGAACUACCGGUUCUACUGGCCAGGACUCGAGGGCUGACGACAAAAGGAGCGAGGAUGAAUGCAGCUCACUGUCCAGUCUCGGAGCGUCGCCAAUUGUUUCACCACGGAGAAUCCGCCGUCCCGUAGCAGCUGGGAGGCGGGGGCAGAAUGUGACCUCUCCUGUGUCAACCAUUGCUGGAAGCGAUUUAGGAUCGGAUCGAAUAUCGCCUAACGAGCAAGGAAGUCCUGUACUGAUCCCCAGCAUUGAUGCUAUCGCAGGCAUGCGAUCCCUGUCAGCUGAUCUUCCAACUUCUACGAAUCCCGAGACUCCAGAUGAAGCAGGAUGCUCCGAAACACACGACCCAGCCGAUGAUGUUUCUGAGAGUGUCUCCCUGACGAGCAAAAAUAAAUCACCAGAAAGAUCCGCAAAUCUUACCUCUACAGAUCGCCAACAUUAUACAAAUGAUGAAGAAGGGCAUGAGGUGGAUACUGUCGAAGGAGAAUGGCUGCCCACAAGGAGCGGCAACGAUUCGCCUCUGGAUGAACAUAUUCAACAAGCCGACUCAACUCCGCCACAAGAAACUCGGACUCAGGAGUUUGUAGAGAUUGACCAGGAGGCGGAAUCUGCAGGACGAGCCAUGCCGACACAAUUGGAGCAGCGACUUUCAGAUGAGACAAAUACGACGAGGGCAAGUGCAGACUUGAGAAAGUUGCUUCGGCAGUUUUUGGAGGUGAAACAUGAACGAGAUCAGGUGGCGGAAGAGAAUGUAAACCUUCGGAUAGAGAAGGAGCGAUUGGGUAACGAACUGUCCGAGUUGACGGCCGUUCGUCAUAAGCAUCUACAAAGCUCUUUGGUUCAGGAACAAGACCUGAAUCUCGCUGAGGAAGCUGCCGAGGAGGCGAGAACUGAAAGAGACCGCUCCAAGGAGUCAGUCCUACGAAUGUCGGAGGCAAUCCGGAAGAUGAAACAGGAGAAUAGUAAGCUCGAUGUUGAGCUGAAAAGUUCUUCACACGAAAUAUGGAGAUUGAGAGGCCAGCUCGAGAAGUCUGAGAGGGAGCUGCAGACAUUCAAUCAGGUGGAGAGCCCACCAAAGGUUCCCUUGAGCAGACUUGGCCGUGUCGAAGCUGAGGCAGACAAGAUCAUGACCUGGAUCAAAAAGGAACGAGAUCAACAAUCUCGAUUGUUUCCAAAGUUGGCACAAUUCCAUUCUCGACAUCUGCUUACACUUCUCAACGGGACUCGAGCGAGGAGGCGACCACCUUCAUUCCUACCAUCCCCUGCGCAUUUUCACAGCCUGGGUGAUGUUAUUUCGACAACAUCAGGAGCGUUCUCGUCGAAUCGUCAGAGCAUGAUCAGUCAGAUGAGUUUUCCAGUUCUCAAACACCAGCAAUCCAGAUCAGCUCUGCCGCUACCUCCUCUUACUCAGACAGCUCGAACACGAUCGGUACAUGACUGUGAUCCCUGCCGUCAGCAAUGUCACUCCUACAAGCGCGAACGAGCGGCGCGUACAUGGACAAGUUUUCUCGGAGAUGAUAGAACGGUUCCUGUAGAGAAACUUCAGCAACCUUUGAGUACAACCGACAUCAUCGGAGCAUCUCUGAGCAGGCCUCCUACUCGAAUACCGAUACCUAUUUCGAAGACCCAAACUGCGAGAGGCACUCGUACCUAUAUGCCGUUAUCACCUCUAAAUCCUACCGUGCAGCUAAGUCGGCAGUACCACGGUCAGUCAGAAGUGCGCUCACCUACCCUGUUGGCUGCCGCCGAAGAGGACGAGUCCAAUUCAGACUCACCACAGCCUGAACAUCUUUCUGACUCAAGUCGUGUCAACGUGGCUGUAGCACCUUCAGCUGUCGAGGGUGGCUUCAUUGAUGCCAUUGUAGCCGCUUCUUCUAGUGCACAAGGCAGCCUAAGUCCUACUGAAGAUGUCAUAGACUCCCAGCAACCUCUACUGCCACAGACAGAAGGAACAAGCCAUUCCCAAAUUCAUCCCAGUAUCAUUAGCCCGUCUAGCUCUGUCGUCUCUUCACCUAUGGGCACUGACCUAGGGGUAUUAAUGAGGGCCCUGACCGACACCGCCCUUGGAGUGACCCAUCAAGCCACCAGCAGUGCUGUUGAGUUGCCUCAAAGUCCCGGCCUGAAAAAGCGAUUCAGUAGCUCACCGCAAGCAUCACCGGUCAGCUCCAUUGAAAUCCAACCACUCAGACUCUCUCGCAAAGCCGGAGAGUUGGGCAAUGGUGAUGUGGAGGCAAGUUCCUCUUCCCAAAAGAAUUCAAAAGCGCUGGUCGAGUUAGUAGCGACUCAGGAAACUACAUUCGAUAAUAUUGCUGAUGAUGGGACUCAUGGUGAGCAGCAGCAUGUAGUUGCUUGUGAACCCGGAGCAACCAAAAAUGAUAUACUUGUAGCCGCCCAGUAUCAGACUCUUCCACUCCGACGAGGAAAUGCCUCACCAACGGAACUCAGACAUCGCCGACCUUAUUCAUGGGAUGGAGCUGUCCAUCAAUCGCCGUCGCCGUCACCACUUAUCGAUACGCCCAGAAACGACUUCAUGCCAAUCCAAUCUGUGAAUGGCGCUGACGCUGUGGACGAGGAAACCUUAAUACCUGGAACAAUCGUGGAUAAUGCACCUCUAAGAAGGGACACACAUAGCAGCAAAUCAUUAAACAUUCUAUACUCUGACUCGACAGACGCUCCUCAUGACACUGAAGAAGUUGUCCAAUAUCGAACUAAUGACACCCGCACCGAUGAGCUGCCACCGACCCCAUCUCUGGCUAGUGCAUCUUCCCACUCUGGCUUGGACAAAAUGUCCCCGGACGAGUUGAGGGCGUACCGGAAUAAAAAGCUCAAUCCUAAUCCAGGACGCAACCCUCAGAUCACUCAGGUUGGGGGGUGGCCGUGGGAGGACAAAGUCUACCAUCCUCUCUUCUCAAGAGUGAAGACGAACUUGGACUACUUCAUCGACAGGUUUGAGAAUGCUCCAUCCCAAGCACUAGAAGUGUUGUUCGAACCUGGAGUAGCCUCUCUCGGACUUUCAGAUCUUUAUUUUCAAUCAGAAGCUUUCGAAUUACAUUUGGACGAUGAGAGUACGCCAUCUAGCGUAGGACGGUCCACGCGGGAAGUGACAGCCGGUGACCAAGACCGCUCUCAUCUCACUGGAGGAGCCAUGAGUGGGAAUCGUUCAAGGGAAGGAUUCGUCGAUAGCUCUACAGAUUCGGAACUCGGCAUGGUGGUGGAUGGACGACCACCGACAGUACUCGACGAUGUCCAUGUAUAUCGAUUCAUCUCCGAGUCUCCGAUACAGUACUGCAGCAAUCACAACAUCUUGGACGCAGAAGCCGAAGCCGUCUCGUCUUCCCAGAGUGAUGAUCACGAAAGUCUAUUGCCUUCGCCACUUCAUCCGCGCGCUACUCUUUCGGGUACUGCGAGAGACUUGUCAUCGCCGCAAAACAACAAAUCGGCGUCUCAUUCUACCACCCCUCUGUCGACUGCGGACGGUCAUCGGUCAGAGUCCAUCCGGGAUAGAGGACCGACAUAUUUCCUACUCGCCUCCUUCCUGGUUUACAUCUCGAUGGGCGUCGCCUUUAUCCUGUUCGCGUACAUUGCACCGUUUGUGGUGGCUCUCCCUGCUGUCUUCAUGGGGAGCCUGACGUGGAUCCUUGCUUCUGUCCGGACUUUGACAGCCUCCAUGGUGACGUGUGGUGGUCGACACCACCCUGCGUCCCCCUCGAUGUCACCCGUGUUUACGAUGCCUUUAUCCACGAUCGACAAAGUUUUUGGAGGAAGAGAAACAUUGACAUCAUUCGAGUCAGUGACCUUGUCUGUCCCUGGACGUGUGAGUGAAAAUGAGCGUGAGACUAUCAAGGGAGGAUCCCCAUGGACGCCAUUCGACGAGGAAUUCGUUCCUGUCUCCGAGUCGUCGGAAGAGUUUCUGACACCGUCUCAUUUUGCCGGCGGGGACGAAACGACAGGAAAGUCGGUUUCGACUCUCUUCUUGUCCGUAACGUCCGCACCGUCCGAACCAUCUCAGGUCGUUGAGAGUUCAAGAUCAGCAACCUCGAUGACUCUGGAUGAAGAAGAAGAACAACAAGGAGGAGAUCGAGAUCGAGAUCGAGAACGAGAACAAGCAAGAGGUAUCAAAGCAAAACACAAACAAACCGAAAUCGAUCGAACCUUUGCGUUCUCGGGUCCACAACACCUGGAUUUCGUUCCACCGAUCCGACGAUUCAUCGACAUUGUCACUUUUGACCUUACAGUCAUGAUGAUGAAAUGGGACGAGGGUUUUUGA